UAACACUCUAGGAGAUGCCACUAGAACCGAUUAGGUUCUUGAGAACCAGCGUUGGCGUAAUUGUUGGCGGGUUUGUGAUCAUAAGCGCUGUUUCGUCAGCAGCUAUAGGAGCAUUUCGAUAUACAAUUGAAGAGAAACGCAAGAGAAACGGAUUGGCUUGUAGAGUUUGUCGUGGAAAAGGGUUUUACAUAUGUAAAUUAUGCAAAGGAAACGCAACGAUUAGAUGGUCACCGUUGUACGAUCCAGUUUGUAUCAAUCCAUGUCUUUGCCCUACUUGCGAUGGUCAAAGGAUACAACGAUGUCUCAACUGCUUAGGAAAGGAGUACUGUUAGAUAUCCAUUAGGCUUUAUGAUUUGAUCAUCUUUGUGCUUUUGAAACCUAACUGUUUGGUUUUGGUACGAUUUUUGUUGUUGAAUAGUGUGGAUUUGAGGUGGAAAUGAUAAAUAAGUGGUACUGCUUUUUUAUUUUCGUAAUAAAUUUGGUUGUGCUGAGUUUGGCAAUUCUGCCUAAA